GUUAAUACUACCGACAACAUGAAAACGCUCUCUAUAUUUUAUGGAAAACUGGAAAUCCUUGGCAAGAUAGGGAGGCUGGGCUCGAACCAAACGACGGCUUCGUUCUCAGUUUGAAUUUCGUAGCACUAGUAAGCGCACGCUCAGAAAGUGAAAGAAAGCUGGGUAGAAGCUGAAGUGAAACCGUAGCAGUGGAUGCGUUGGUGGUGUCUGUUUGAAUCAGAAUAGCGAUAAUCAAUGGAGAAAUCUGCGGCCUCCAAUGGGUCGCGAGAAUUGCAGUGCGUGGGAAAAUUGGAGAUCGUGAGACCCAAACCCGUGGGCUUUCUCUGCGGGACAUUACCCGUGCCCACCGAUACUGCUUUCCAUGCUUUCAAUUCUGCUAUUGUUCCUUCAUCCAAAACAGUGACUGCUCCUCGAUAUCGGAUGCUUCCAACGGAGACUGAUCUCAAUACACCCCCGCUUCUGUCGAAUCUCCCUGAAAAGAUUCUUCCGAUUGGCGCUGGGCAUUCAAAGACCAGUGGAGAUGUACCUCGGGAAAGUGGUACUAUUAUGUCAAAUCUUACCAGGAAAGGUGAGGCCCUUGCUGUAUCUGGUUUGGUCGAGUACGGAGAUGAGAUAGAUGUGAUUGCCCCUGCUGAUAUUCUGAAACAGAUCUUUAAGAUGCCAUACUCCAAGGGCCGAUUAUCAAUUGCAGUUCAUCGUAUUGGACAGACUCUUGUUAUGAAUACUGGGCCGGACAUUGAGGAGGGAGAAAAAUUGGUCAGAAGACAUAACAAUCAGUCAAAUUGUGCAGAUCAAUCUUUAUUUUUGAAUUUUGCCAUGCAUUCAGUUAGAAUGGAAGCUUGUGAUUGUCCGCCGACUCAUAAUGCUGCAUCCGAAGACCGGUCAGACCCAUCUGUACUUUCUGGGCUAUUUGAGUCCCGAAAAGGAACUUUUGGAUCUUCUGACUAUCCAGCACAACAAGAUACUUCCCAGUUUUUUCCUCGGAGUGAUGGUGUUGCUAGAAAGGAUGGAUUCAACCGUCAACCAGAGUACCCACAAGUCAGCCAAGAUAAUUUUGUUUGGGGGUGUAAGAAGAAUAAGAAUAAGAAUAAUAAGGGGCGUGAGGCUGUCAAAAGUGCUUCACAAAUCGGUGAAAAGACCCGACGUUCAGUGCAAGAGUCUGAAAAGUACAGGAGGGCUGGUAAUGAUGGUUUUAUGAGAGUGUUAUUGUGGCAAUUUCAUAAUUUCCGCAUGCUUCUGGGCAGUGACUUGCUUCUAUUCAGUAAUGAGAAAUAUGUAGCUGUGAGCUUGCAUUUAUGGGAUGUUGCUCGACCGGUCACACCUCUAACUUGGCUUGAUGCCUGGCUUGACAAUGUCAUGGCAAGUGUGCCUGAAUUGGCCAUUUGUUAUCAUGAAAAUGGUGUUGUUCAAGGUUACGAACUUCUGAAAACGGAUGAUAUAUUUCUACUUAAGGGCAUCUCUGAGGAUGGCACACCUGCUUUUCAUCCUCAUGUCGUCCAACAGAAUGGCCUUUCUGUUUUCAGGUUUCUUCAGGAAAACUGCAAGCAAGAUCCGGGUGCUUAUUGGCUGUAUAAAAGUGCUGGAGAAGGAGCAAUUCAACUUUUUGAUCUCUCUGUUAUUUCCAAGAGCCAUUCUUCCAGUGAUUGUGAUGAUAGCUCAAGCACUUUGCCAUCUAUAAUGAAUAGAGGGAGAAGUGACUCCUUGCUUUCAUUGGGCACUCUCUUGUACCGUAUUGCUCAUAGGCUUUCACUUUCAAUGGCUCCUAAUAGCAAGGCAAAGUGUGCAGUGUUCUUCAAAAAAUGUUUGGACUUUCUGGACGAGUCAGAUCAUUUGGUUGUACGGGCAUUUGCUCAUGAACAAUUUGCAAGGCUUAUUUUGAAUCAUGAUGAGGAGCUUGAUUUAACAUCUGAAGCUCUUCCAGUCAAACACAAUGUUCCAGUUACUAAAGCUGAAGAACAAUCUCUUGACUUACUCGACAAUUUUUCUGAAUCAGUUGUUCACGAAGAUGCAUCCUCUCUAACUGCAGAGGGCACGUGGAGUAGGGAAGGACAAAUUCCUGAUGAUUCAGGGUCGGAAGCUUUUGUAAAGAUGACUUUAGAAGCAAAUUUAUCUGGUUCCAGAAAAUUGAUCACGUCUGUGGAUGCAGAAUUAGGAGAUCUGGAAGGAGUUGCAAAGACUUCCAGUGGUGAUGAAAGUUUUGCAGUUUGUAAGGCUCCUAUAUAUUCUCCUCAUGUCAUUGAAACUGUUGCUGAUCCAAUCUCUUCAAAGUUAGAAGCGGUGCACCACAUCUCUCAGGCUAUCAAGUCUCUUAGGUGGAGGCGUCAACUACAAAGUACUGUGCCAGAGCUGGUUGAGCGUAGCAGCAGAACUCAUGACAGGUCACCUUCAUCUAUGAAUUUUUCUGUUUGCUCAUGUGGUGAUGCUGACUGCAUUGAAGUUUGUGACAUCCGAGAAUGGCUACCAACAUCAAAACUGGACCAUAAGUUAUGGAAACUUAUUCUUUUGCUAGGAGAAUCUUAUUUGGCACUUGGGCAAGCUUAUAAGGAGGAUGGUCAAUUGCAUCAAGCACUGAAGGUUGUAGAAUUGGCAUGUUCUGUUUAUGGUUCAAUGCCUCAGCAUCUUGAAGAGGCUAGGUUUAUAUCAUCAAUGGUUAGCAGCUUAGUAUCCCAGGCUGAAUUCAGUGAUAGAAGUGAAAAGUCCAAACCAUUUAUUGCUAGUGCAACAGGGAGCUCAAGCUCCAGUGUUGAUUCUCUUGCUGUUGAACAGUUCUCCACUUACCUCUUCUGGGCCAAGGCCUGGGCAUUGGUAGGUGAUGUGUAUGUUGAGUUCAAUAAGAUUAAGGGAAAGGAGAUCUCAGUGCAAGCAGAGAGGAAACCUUAUAUCAAAGAGUUGAGAAUGUCUUCUGAAGUUGUGAAGGAGGUCAAAAGGCUCAAGAAGAAGUUGGGACAGUACAACUGCAGCUCAUGUUCCUUGGUAAACUGCAGCUGCGAGAGUGAUAGAGCUAGCAGUGGCAAUAGUGCAAGCAGUAGCAGUGGAGAUACAUGCACUUCAGGAUAUGGCAGAAAACAGAGUAGAAGAUCAUAUGUUAAGAGUACCCACCAAACGCUUUUGGGGAACCCUGAGCAUGAUCGUGUUGAUCACAAAGUUGAGAAUAUGAAGAGUUUUGAAGGUAAUCUGCAGCAAAACAGAGAGAAUGAUUUCUCAUUAGAAGCAUCUAAUAUAAAUGUGGACAAUUCUGCUGCAACUAACUCUAAAAGAACUAAUGGUAAUCUGGAAACACAAAGAAUAGGGUCUCCAAUGGCGGUUCUAUGUGAAAUUUCUGCGGGAGAAACACCCAAUGUGAAAACUGGUGGGAUAUUCAGAUUCCUUGGGCCUCCUGUAGUUGGAGAUGCAGAUUACUACCUUUCAGUUGCCCUAAGCUGUUUCGAAGAAGCAAGAAAAUCUUUGGGUGGGCUACCAACUGGUUCAGCAGAACUACAUUCUGUGGUCAAAAAGAAAGGCUGGGUUUGUAAUGAAUUGGGCCGAAGUAGGCUUGAAAGAAGAGAACUGGACAAAGCUGAACAGGCAUUUGCUGAUGCUAUAAAUACAUUUAAGGAGGUUUCAGACCAUACAAAUAUUGUAUUAAUUAACUGUAAUCUGGGCCAUGGUAGACGAGCAUUGGCUGAAGAGAUGGUAUCAAAAAUUGAAACCCUCAAAACACAUGCCAUCUUCCAUGAUGCAUACAGCCAAGCUCUUGAGACUGCUAUACUGGAAUACAGUGAAGCACUCAGGUAUUAUGGAGCAGCUAGGGUAGAGCUAAAUGCUGCUGCAGAAGGUUCUGCAUCAUCCGGUUUGUGGAAUGAAGUAUAUACUCAAUUUGCACACACUUAUCUUAGGCUCGGCAUGCUCUUGGCAAAAGAAGAUUCAGUCGGACAGGUAUAUGAAAGUGGAGCCUUGGAAGUUAUAUCAAGAGGUUGUACUAGUCACAGUGAUAGAAGGACUAGGAAAGAAAUGAGGAAGUAUGGGGUUUCGGCUAAUGAUGCCAUUAGGGAGGCUUUAUCCUUGUACGAAUCAUUGGGUGAGUUACGCAAACAAGAGGCUGCAUAUGCAUAUUUUCAGCUUGCUUGCUACCAUAGGGACUGCUGUUUGAAAUUUUUUGAGUUGGAUCAUAUGAAAAAAAAUAUGUCAAAAGGUGAAAACAACAUUCUUCAAAAGGUCAAGCAAUAUGCUUCCUUGGCUGAAAAGAAUUGGCAAAAGUCCUUGGACUUCUAUGGGCCAAAGACACAUCCCAGCAUGUUCCUGACCAUUCUGAUGGAAAGAUCAGCUCUUUCAAUCAGCCUCUCAAGCUAUUUUCACUCAAGCAUGAUGCUGGAGUCAGCUCUAUCUCGCCUGCUUGAAGGACACCAUGUUUCUGGAGAAUCAAUUUCAAGCUCUUUUAUAAAUGAAAAUCCCGGUCUCCAUGCUAAAUUUUGGAGUCAGUUACAGGCGUUACUGAAGAGGAUGCUGACAGCAACACAUUCAGCAAAUACAAAUAGAUCAUCUAUUGUCCUGCAGCCAACUUCACCGUUUGGCAGAUCUGGAGAUGUUAGAAAAGUGAGGGAGCUUUAUAAGAUGUCUCUGAAUUCCACAGAGUUGAGUGCAUUGCAUGCUAUGCAUACCUUGUGGGAAUCUUAAACAAAAUUCACUCCUGCAAUUCGAGUUGAUGCUUUAUGAUCUUCUGGCAUGUUAUGGAGAAGGCUGUGUAGUUGAAGAUGGGAUUUCAAAACGUAUUGCAUUCUGCACUGCUUAUGUAGUUUUCUUCCACUCAAGAAUCAGUAUAAAAUUUUUGGGGAUGAAACUCAUGACUCUCUGCUUGAUAUGUAUAGCUUGAUUGGGAGAUUUGGGAACAAUACGAUGGCUUUAUACCAAUUACCAGGUCACUGGAAGCAGUUAUUUAUGGUUUACCCUAGUUAACUUUUAUGAUUGUUCUGGUCAGGAUCUCAGUUGAUGUAUCUAUUUAGCAAUGUACUAUUUUGUUACACGGCUGUAGUACCCAACUCGAAAUUUAGUUAAUGACAAGGUUGAUUUGCUUUUUGUCA